AUGCAGCUGAUAGGAGGUGGGGCGCACGGACCACAGGCGGCAACUGCUAUUCGGCAUGUGGCCGCCCAGAAUGGCGUCUGGUCCCUAGGUAAUUUCGGCGGAGUACCCUCGAAAUCCUCUAUGUCGUUCUACCAGCCCGCAACGACAGACAGCAACGCUGAUGACGGCGAAUCUUCGUUUCAGGCGGAUCCCACCUCUCAAGCUUCAGUUGAUACACCGGAAUAUCGAUUUGUGUUUAACUCCUGUGGGAUCGGAAUGGCGUUGGCAUCAAUGGGAGGAGCCUUCAUCGACUGCAACCAAUUGUUCAGCCAGCUAUCGAGCUAUUCCAAGCAAGAGCUGUGCGCGUUAACAAUAUUUAAUUUGACGGCAAGGCAAGAUCUGCAACACGCAUUUGAUCUUAUCAGUCAAAUGAUCUCUCCUCCUGUUGAUGUUCGAGGCCAAGACACACCACCAAAGGCUAUUGUUCUUCGUGGAGCAAUGGGGGACCGUACUGAUAUUGGUCUCAAUGUUUCACUGAUCAAAGGCGAGGACGGAAUUGCAAAGUGCUUCUGUGUCACUUUGAUUAAGAAUCCCGAGUCUCCAUUUGAUUCGGCUAAGCCCGUACCGGUAUCGUUUGAGUCCAUUCAAAACAAUGCGCCGGUAUCCACUGUGGAUGAUACGAAGACGGAGAGUAUGAGUGCGACACCAGCCUUUACCUCAGGGUAAAUGCAUGGGAUAUCUUUUUCGUCACUGAAAUUUGAGUAAUUCUGUUGUUUCGAUAGGACGCUGCUCUUUGCGUAUUCAUACGAAAUAUAUUUCAUUAUAUAAGAAUAAUUAUAACAAUGUUUAUCAGCAUA